AUGUCUCUCGACGACUCUACAAGACCGCGCCUCCAGUCCUUGGCAGACGGUUUCAUGCAAGCGAUCAAUCAACAGGACUUCGACCGCUCCUCUCCAGCCUGGCAGUUUCUCGCACCGCAAUUUCAAGGAGGACCCUUCCCUCCGGUCAUCAAGACCAAAAUCGGAGUGGAAGAGUGGCUCGAAUACCUCUCCGACGUACGCUCCUCCAAUCCGGAAUGGGAAAUCCAUAUCUUAGAUUCAGACGCUAUACCAGGCCCGUCCAAGAAUUUCGCAUCGCUGUAUAUCAAUGUGGAAGUUCAUGGUCUCCCCGUCGGCGUAACGUGGCAAAGUGUAGGAGUUUACGACUUUCAGUGUUUUGAUGGCGAGUGGCUUGCGAUUUCUUAUCGAGGAUUCUCUGGUGGUCAGGUCGGGACCUUUUGA